GCCGAUACUAACCUCUCUGCGUGAAUCUGUGAGAGAGAGAGAGAGAGAGAGGAUCGCCAUGGAUGUCAAGCAAGUAGGCUUGUCACUGGAUUCUUUAGUUUCAUCGUUCAACACUCGCAUUGCAGAGCUCCAAGAUCUCGUCGUUGCCCGUAACAUGUAUCCUGCGAGUAGCGUCACCGACUUGUCGGCUGUUGAUACCACGUUGAAGGCUAUGGAACUUCAAUUACAGCAGAUCAAAGACCGGUUGCGUGAAGAAACCCUAGCAAUUCCUAAAGCUAAAAAGCUGAUUCAAGCAUCUCUACAGCAGCAGCAGAAGUUGCAGAGCAUGUCUGCAUAUGCACCAUCAUAUUUACCUGAAAGGGAAAAAGUUAUGCAUCAAGAUAAUAGUUCAUGUUAUGUGAAAGAGGAACCUACAAGACAAGAUCAUUCUUUUGGAAUUCAGGAACCCAAGGAGGAGCCUGCACCAUUACCCAAAGAGAAAAAGGGUCGUGGUUCACCACCUUUGUGGUACAUUACUGCUAAUGAACUGGAUUCCUUGUCCUCGUAUAUGAGAGGAAGGUUAACUCUAGAUAAGGUCAAUGCAGCCAUUAGCGACAUGGCUGCUUAUGCUGAGGCAAAUGCUCAGCUUAUUACAGCUCCAAGAAAGAAGCUGACUGAAAGUACCUUAGAGAAAGCUCUGGAAAUAAGAGAGAUAGGAAUGGCAGAAGCAGUGAAGGGCAAACACUUCUUUCUAGAAACUGAUGUUAAAGGACCUACACUGAAGCUUGAUAAUACUGGGAAAGCAAUAUUAACCGUCCUUCGUCACCUUGGCCGCUUAAGUGAGAGCCGGAUUGGCCAUCAUCGGGUCUUUGUUUUAUUAAAGCCUUAAUGAGGAGAUGUUCAUUCCACAAAUUAUCUUUUUAUGAGUUUGUCAACUACUCAGUGAAUCUGCUCCUUGAAGUCUUAUGUAAGGUAUACAGUUUCAAAAGCUAUAAGAAAGGUUAGAUCUAUUCCAUAUGAUUUGGAUGUUUGCUUCAUCUAUGAAUAUUUUACCUGCACUAUUACAUGUGUUAUAAACUUGUUAACCUC